AUGGUGUCUGUCACGGGUAUAUCAAAGCAGUUGCCUCUCCUAGCUGCGGUAUUGCUCGUUGUCACGACCAGAGCCUCUGGCUUUUCCCGCGCUUCGCAGGACUUAGUUCCCCGUGCCAAUAUCGAAAGCUCGGACGCUUCUUCGCAUGCGGUAUACGCUCGUGAUGGGGAUCUCUACAUCAAUCAUCUUUUGAACAGAAGAAACCCAACCGCAGCACCUGUCCGUCCCAAACAGCAGAAGGCAGCUGCUCAUCCCAAGCAGAAGCCUACCCAUCGCCCCAAACAGCAGAAGACUCCUGCCCGUCCAAAUAAUAAGCCUGCCCAUCGCCCCAAGCAGCAGAAGCCUGCCCAUCGCCCCAAGCAGCAGAAGCCUGCCCGUCGUCCCAAGCAGCAGAAGCCUGCCCAUCGUCCCAAGCAGCAGAAGCCUGCCCAUCGCCCCAAGCAGCAGAAGCCUGCCCGUCGUCCCAAGCAGCAGAAGCCUGCCCAUCGCCCCAAGCAGCAGAAGCCUGCCCAUCGUCCCAAGCAGCAGAAGCCUACCCAUCGUCCCAAGCAGCAGAAGCCUACCCAUCGCCCCAAGCAGAAGUCAACCGGCCAUCCCAACACCAAAGCGGCCAAUCGACCUAAAUCUGCUAAUCCCAUUGCAAAGGGGGCCAUCUGCCGUCGAGGACCUGGCGAUAAGGACGGCGCAAAGUGCGAGCCAACGGGUGGCCGCUCGUUCAAAAUACAUACGGACUAUGAAAAAUAUACAGGCACACCUGCACCUCAACAACCUGCACCUCAACAACCUGCACCAGCAGAUGAUUCACAGUUCAAAGUAAAGACGGCCUUUGGCAAGUUAGAGGAGGGAAAACAACCACCACCUGAUCCGAGGGACCAGGUGAUAAGGGCUCAAUCACGUGUUGUGAUGGAGAAGCACAAGGAUAACAAAGAGCAGCAAAAGCUUGAUAUUGUUGACGAAUACGCGGGCAAAAGUUGA